UGUUUCUCAUGCUUCGGUUGGAUUCCAAACAGAGGCGUUUACGGAUCUUUGCCUUUGGAAUAACAAUAGACCAAGGAUAACUUCAUUAAGAGAUCUCUAGUGCUUYUGCAACACUAAAAGUAUUCCAGAUCGCCAUGUCGAAUCCUAACAACCAUGUACGGUCRCCUCAAGGCAAGAAAAUCCCACCGCCWGUUGCACCAAAACCAAUGAAGAUGACGGCUACAAGRCUGAUGCAUAAACCUGUGGCUGUUCCUCCACCUCCWUCAAGCAAYGAUAGGACAACAGAGGAAGAUGAACUUGACGCUCUCACGGAUCUUCUUGUCAAGAACUUAGAGUACAGUUCAGACCCAGAUUUYUUCGGAAUCUGUCAUAAAUGUGGUCAAAAGGUGUCAGGGGAGGGAUCAGGAUGUAAUGCUAUGGAUAAGCUGUUUCAUAUCAAUUGCUUUGUAUGUCAUAAAUGUGGUUGUCAGCUAACUGGUAAAGUUUUUUAUAAAGUUGAAGAUAAAGCUUAUUGUGAAGCAGAUUACCUAAGCUCCUUAGAAAUUUGCUGGGUUUGCAACAAACAAAUUACAGAUCGAAUAUUGCGUGCUACUGGGAAAUGUUUUCAUCCACACUGCUUUUUGUGUGAAGAGUGUGGUAAAAACCUGGAUGGUAUACCAUUUACACUAGAUAAUUUUAAUAAGGUCCAUUGCCUGGAGGAUUACUACAGAAAAUAUUCCCCUCGUUGUGCUUUUUGGGCCAAGACGAGACUGUGCGAAUUGUUUCAAUGAACAAAGAUUUUCAUGUGAAGUGUUUCAAGUGUGAGGACUGUAGAUGUCAGCUAUCAUCUGAAAAAGGAGGCAGUGGUUGUUAUCCACUGGAUGAUCAUUUGUACUGUCAAGAGUGYAAUGCCAAACACAUACAACAGUUGACAGCAGACCUUGAUAAACCCCAAAGACCUCUUACUACUGAGCUCUAGUGCAACACUUCACUGUACUACUCAGUUGUGGGAAAUCAUUUGUUGGUUAAAUUGCAAACUGAGACUGCUCAGGACUAAAAUGCCAAAUGCUUCAAUGGACUCGUGGUAAUAAUGAAAACUGUUGUUACUUUCAAACUUGUUGUGUGAUUGAGUAAUUUGAUUGGUGGUCACGAGUCUAUCAUUAGGGCACUAGUGUCUUUACUUAUCACAAAAUGCAUCAUGUGCUCUGAUUUGCMGCUAAAAAUAUCAAAACUUGUACUUCAAGUGCAACAGACAGUCAUAAAAUUGAGGUGCAAAUAAGGAAAAAUAUGAACCAAUCAAUUUAAUGGGUAACAAUUUCUAUAGUUUGUGCAUUUUUUUUCUGCAAUACUGCACCUUAGUAAUGAAUUCAACAACCAACAAUAAUGGAUGAAUGAAUGACAGUUUAUUGUUGAUGCAUGCUAUGUAGAACCCAAACACAGGAACCCCAAAGGAGAGGUAUCCUAGUACAUGUACUAUGUAUUUGCUUUCAUAAAUGUUUUAUAACAAAAAUUUUGCAAUUAUUAUACAAUAUUUUUAAACUAUUGCAAUUGAAAAUCAUAAUUAUCAAUUAUUCCAAUGUGAAAUAAUAUUUUUAAUCAGUGAAACAAAUGCUUUUAUAAACUUGACUCCAUUGCUUA